AUGGGAAACAGUGCGCCGGCGGCGAAGGCGGCGAUUGCCAAGGGCGCGAAGAUCCCGAAUAUCGCCUUGAGCAAGGGCUUUCCGCCCAAGAAGGUCCCUCUCUCGGAGAUUAUCGGGGGGAAGAAGGUGGUCAUGGUGGGCCUCCCGGGCGAGCUGAAGGCCAAGGGCGUCUCUGAUGUCAUCGUCUACUGCGUGAACGACACCGCCGUGAUGGAUGCUUGGGCAAAGGAUCAAAAGGUGGACGGGUCCAUGGUGUCCUUCUACGGUGACGGUGCCUCCACUCUCACUAAGGAGAUCGGCAUGGAGCUCACAGACGAGGGCCCCGUGUCAGUGCUUGGCACUCCGCGGUGCAAGCGCCAUGCCAUCAUCGCGGACGACAUGGAGGUGAAAGAGGUCUUUGUGGCCUACUCCAAGGACUGUUUUGGUUUUCAACUUGUUGCCUUUUGGGUUUUCUUUCAUUCUUCAACUUGCGACCAGCAAACUGCUUGA